UCACGAAUUCCAUUACAGAGGCAUUAGAUAGGUAUAUAAAUGAUUUUGGUAAGAUAUAAAUUUUGAAACGCUCUGGACGGAAAGAUGCAACGAUUCUUACUGAGUGGCGUAUCACUUGUGCAUAGAAGCUUUAAUAUGAGCAGUCAUAUGAAUUUUAUCUCAUUACUUGGAUUUUUACUUUUAACUUCAACAUACAGCUACGUAAUUGAGUAUAGAAGCGACGCAAUAAUACCUCAAAGGAAUUUUUCGCAAUUAGAGAAAAUAAUUUUGGCUUCCUUGCAGACGGAAAACAGGAAUCAACCAUAUCAAAAACGAAAUAUAGCUAAUUUAGACUUUACUGUGGGGUCCGGCUAUCUUCAUCAAAGAAAUUACCUGAUGUUUCAAAAAAUGUUACAAGCUUUAAAUGCAGGAAACAACCCAACAGGAAGAUAAUAUUACGACUGUUUUUAAUAAAAGAGUAAAACUAUAUGUUUGUUAUCCCAUUAAAUAUAUCUAUGAGAGAA